AUGGCAACGCUUAUUCCCAUAUCCACCUCUUCUCAGACAACAGUUAAAGAGCAAUUAGAGCAACAAGCCAAUGGAGGUUGGAAUUCCUGGACCCCAGAAGAGCAAGGCGGCAUCCUCGCAGCAUCAAUACUGGUGUUCCUAUUUUUCUCCGCAUUAGCUUUAUUCAUCUCUCUCCGUGUUCCGGAGCAGCGCAAAGGUAUCAGACUAGUGGAUGCAGAGCCGGGAAUACAUGAGAGACAGGAGGGAAGAGAGCCGCGGAAAGCCAGCAGGAAGCGGGGCUCAAGAUGCCCAGCAUCAGUGCCGCAGACGCUGCCGGGUCCUCGAUCUCAACCAAACAGAAAUACAUGUGCGCCCGCUGCGAAAAAUGGUGGCAGCAAGGGGGCUACGAGGAGAUUUAGUUCCGAUGAACGCCGUUGUUUAGAGCCCGGCGGGCACCAAGGGAGGAAGCGGGGAUCAACUGGAGGAUUCUACGGCGGAGAUACUCGCAAGCAAAGGGAGAUGCAGCGUUCACGUUCGUGUCCGGGUCCACGAGAUCGGGAACGCUCAGAGAGGAGGGUAGGGCAGAGCGGUGCGGGAUCACAUUGGAACGGACGGCAAAAGCCCCGCGAAAGUAUAUUGGUCUGCGAUGGGAGUGAUGAAACACUCGAGCGGACGAUGAGUAGUGAUUCUAUGGACAGUUAUGCUGAUGGUGACCCGGGACCGUCAACACGAAAGGGAAAGGAGAAGACAAGAACCCAUCCACGUCGCCGGAGCGAAGGAGCCAAGGCAUAUACAAACACACGUAUGGGUUUGAACCUGGUGGAUGAGCAACCAGGAUGCGUCCUGUGCCAGCUCAAGGCGAGGGAUAUAGUGACUAAAACCCAGGAUCGAGACAGCCCAGAAGCUAGAAUAGUGGAAUCAUUGCCGCAGAGUGAGGAUCGUGUGAAAGGAAAUGCGUUUUCGGAACUCGAAAAGGACAAUCAACAGGCCAAUUCCAUUUUUACGGCUGGCAUAUCAGUGCUAGUGCAAUAG